AUGUUAAAAGAAAGAAAAAAAUCAACAGAUAAUGGUAAAGAAAGUAAUAAUAGUAGUACAAAUUGUUAUACAUUAUUUUUAAAUGAUUCGAAACAAACACAUUCCCAAACUGGAAAGAAAUUUCCAAAAAAUUUUAUUAGGACAACCAAAUAUACAAUUUUAUCAUUUAUUCCAAAGAAUUUAUUCGAACAAUUUAGAAGAUUAUCAAAUUUUUAUUUCCUUUGUGUAUUGAUCAUUCAAUUAGUUCCACAAAUCUCACCAUUAUUACCAUUGACAAGUAUUUUACCAUUAUCAUUCGUAUUAAUUAUAACGGCUACCAAAGAGGCAUUAGAAGAUUAUAAUCGUUAUCAAAGUGAUAAAAAAAACAAUUUAGAACCAUAUACUAUAGUGAGAGAUGCUAAAUUGGAGACAAUAUCCUCUCAAGAUAUAUGUGUUGGUGAUAUUAUCCGUAUUCAAAAUGGACAACAAAUUCCAGCUGAUUUAGUACUAAUUUCAACAUCGCAUGAUGAAGGUCUUUGUUAUGUUGAAACCAGUAAUUUAGAUGGUGAAACUAAUUUAAAAGUACGUAAAGCAUUAGGUGAUACUAACAAACUAUCGACAGCUGAAGAUAUCUCCCUUCUUCGUGGUAGUAUAGUUUAUGAAACUCCAAAUGAACGUUUAUACAGAUUUAAUGGUAGAAUAGUUAUUCAAGGUAAAGAAAAUAUAAUUCAUUCUUUAAAUCAUACUAUGUUUUUACAAAGAGGAUCACAAUUAAGAAAUACAAAAUUUAUUUUUGGAGUUUGUGUUUAUGCUGGUGUUGAUACAAAAUUAUUUUUAAAUCAACAACCACCACCAUCAAAAUUUUCAACAGUUGAAAAAUUAUUAAACAAAUUAAUUUUAUUUGUUUUUAUAUUUCAAUUAAUAGUUUGUUUAUUAUGUGCAGUUGCAUCAGCAUUUUAUCAAGAGAUAGUGGUUGAAGAUAUGUUAUAUUUGGGACCAACAGUUUCUUUAUCAAUUUAUGGUGUUAGAAAUUUUUUCACUUAUUUUAUUUUAUUUAAUACAAUGAUUCCAAUUUCACUUUGGGUAACAUUGGAGAUGGUAAAAGUUGGACAAGCAAAGUUUAUGGAAUUUGAUAGUUAUAUGCGUUCACAAGUACUAACAAUUGAUCCAGCAACUGGUGAAGAGAAAGAAGUUGAAAAAGGGUGUAAAGCAAAAACCUCAAAUUUGAAUGAGGAUCUUGGUAGAAUUCAACAUAUUUUUAGUGAUAAAACAGGUACACUAACUGAAAAUAUUAUGAGAUUUUGUAAAUGUUCAAUUGGUUCAGAUAUUUAUGAUGAGAGGGAGAGUUCUGGUAGUUUGGUUAGAGCAUUGGAUGCAAGUAGAGAUUCAUCUUCAAAUCCAAAGAUAUUAAUAAAUGGUACAAACAAUACAAAGUUUCAAACUAUUCAAAGUUUUCUUCGUAUUCUUAGUCUUUGUCAUACUGUGAUUAGUGAAGUAGAUGAGGCAACUGGUAAUAUCACCUAUCAAUCACAAUCACCAGAUGAAUUAGCAUUGGUACAUACUGCAAGUAAUAAUGGAUUCGUGUUUUUGGAUAGAAGAACUGAUGAAAUCCUUUUAAGAGAGAAUGGUGUAGAUACUUCCUAUGGUCUAUUGGCAAUUUUAGAGUUUUCAUCAGCACGUCGUAGAAUGUCAGUAAUCGUUCGUACACCUGAAGGUACAAUUAAGCUAUUAACAAAAGGUGCUGAUAUGUCAAUCUCUUGUAGAUUGUUAAAUGAUAAAGAAAGAAAUGCAGCUCGUGAUGAAACUCUUAAUUUCUUAAAAAAUUUCUCAAGAGAUGGUUAUCGUACACUAAUGGUAGCUGAAAGAGAUUUAACAGUUGAAGAAUAUGAAGAUUGGAAACAACAAUUCUUUCAAGCCUCAACUUCAAUUGAAAAUCGUGAAGAGAAAAUUGAAGCCGUUUGUGAAUUAAUUGAAAAGGAUCUAUCAUUGGUUGGUACGACUGCAAUUGAAGAUAAAUUACAAAAUCAAGUACCGGAAACUAUUAGUUAUCUAUUGAAUGCAGGUUUACAUAUUUGGGUAUUGACCGGUGAUAAACAAGAAACCGCUGUAAACAUUGGUUACUCAUGUCGUCUAUUUGAUCCAGCUAUGGAAUUGAUUUUCGUCAAUACUGAAUCCUCGGAAGAGUGUGGUUUAAUUCUUGAUAGAUAUAUUGCAUUGUUACCACCAGAGAAUGAAAAUGAAGAUGUUAAAGAUACCCAAACCUAUGGUCAACAACAAAUGCAACAAGGCAUGAAUGGAGCCACGCCUGGAAUUAUGAAUAUGAUUAGCAAUAGCUUGCAAUCUGGUUCUGGUAAUAAAACUCCAAUCAUUGAUAUUAUCAUUCCAACAUUGGCGGUUGAAUAUGGUUUAGUAAUUGAUGGCCAUACAUUGACCUUUGCAUUGAAUGACCAUAAAGAGAAAUUCCUUCGUUUAGGUAGAGCUUGUAAAUCUGUAAUUUGUUGUAGAACUACACCACUUCAAAAAGCACUAGUUGUAAGAGUUGUAAAACAAAGUGAAAAAAAGAUUUCUUUGGCAAUUGGUGAUGGUGCAAAUGAUGUAUCGAUGAUUCAAGAAGCUCAUGUUGGUAUCGGUAUAUUUGGUAAAGAAGGUACUCAAGCUGCCCGUGCUUCAGAUUAUUGCAUUCAUCAAUUUAGUCAUUUAAAGAGACUACUUUGUGUACAUGGCCGUUAUUCUUACAUUAGAGUAUCUGGUUUAAUUCAAUAUUCUUUCUAUAAAAACAUGAGUUUCACUCUUUGUUUACUUUGGUUCUCAUUUAGUAGUCUUUUCACUGGUCAAACUAUAUUUGAUUCUUGGAUUAUCACUUUCUAUAACAUUCUUUUCACAUCUUUACCACCAUUCUUUUAUGGUCUCUUUGAAAAGGAUAUUGAUGAAGAAAGUAUUAUGGAAAAUCCAAAUCUCUAUAAAAGUAUACAACAAAGUCAAAUCCUAAGUAAAAAAUCAUUUUUCGUUUGGAAUCUAUUAGGUUUAUGGCAUUCAUUAGUAACUUUCUUUGGUGUAAAAUUAUUGUUUGUAAAUGAUGUCAUGUCUUCAAAUGGUCAUGUUGCUGGUAUUUGGACUUUAGGUACUUUGGUAUCAACUGCUUCAAUUUUAACUGUAAAUGUAAGAAUGGCAAUUGAAACAAAACUUUGGAAUUAUAUUUCAUUAGUUGGUAUGAUAAUAUCUUUAGCUGCUUACUUUAUAAUGUUAGUACUUUAUGCUUUCUUUUUACCUUUAAAUUCAAAUAUGUAUGAUAUAUUUUCAUCUCAAUUAGAAACUGGCUCAUAUUAUUUUACAAUUAUUGUUAUUAUUAUUGUUGCUAUCUUCCCCGAUUUCUGCAUAAAAUAUUAUAGUAGAAUGUAUGCACCAAAAGAUACUCAAUUAGAAAAAGAAAGAAAAGGAUUAAAAGGUGUUAAAGAAUAUCAAAGAGAAAUGAAAGAAUUUAAUAAUCAAAGAGCUUAA